GUGAGAGGGGGCAGAGAGCAGCACUUGCCGAGUUCCCUCUGAGGCAAUCUCCUCCAGCACGUUUCUGGAAAUUCGAUUCUCUCGCCCGAGAGGCUGCAACGGCUUUUCUCCGUCGUUGGCUUUAGAAGCCCAGUCUCCUGAAGGAAGACCUCGCAGCCCUUCCGCCUUCUGGGAUACAGUCCUGUCGGGCGGGCGGGAAAGGGGCAGAUGACUGCGGAGCCCGGAGGAGGGGGCCCCAGCCCGGAAGCCGAGUGCCGGUCAGCCCCCCACGCAGCAUGCAGGUGUCCUUCGCGUGCUCCGAGCACGGCCUCAAGGCCCGGGGCCCCGACGAGCGGCUAGGCCGGCCGUCUGCCGGCAGCCCCAGCCUGGGCACCCGCGGCCGCUUCCGCGCUGUGGCCAUGGUGGCCCGGAGCCUGGGACAGCUGUCGGUGCAGAGCCACCCGAGCGCCGGUGACGCCAGCGUGAAGCAGCAGGGGAUGAAAUAUAGGAACCUGGGGAAGUCCGGCCUGCGGGUCUCCUGCCUGGGGCUCGGAACAUGGGUGACCUUUGGAGGCCAGAUCACUGACGAGAUGGCAGAGCAGCUCAUGACCUUGGCCUACGACAACGGCAUCAACCUCUUCGACACAGCAGAAGUCUACGCAGCUGGCAAGGCAGAAGUGGUUUUAGGAGACAUCAUCAAGAAGAAGGGAUGGAGACGCUCCAGCCUCGUCAUCACCACCAAGAUCUUCUGGGGAGGAAAAGCAGAGACCGAGAGGGGCCUUUCCCGGAAGCACAUCAUCGAAGGUCUGAAGGCCUCACUGGAGCGGCUGCAGCUCGAGUACGUGGACGUGGUGUUUGCCAACCGCCCGGACCCCAACACGCCCAUGGAAGAGACCGUGCGUGCCAUGACCCACGUCAUCAACCAGGGGAUGGCCAUGUACUGGGGCACGUCGCGCUGGAGCUCCAUGGAGAUCAUGGAGGCCUACUCAGUGGCCCGGCAGUUCAACCUGAUCCCGCCCAUCUGUGAGCAGGCAGAGUACCACAUGUUCCAGCGCGAGAAGGUGGAGGUGCAGCUGCCCGAGCUCUUCCACAAGAUCGGUGGGCGCCCACCCCUUCCCAGCCCCUCUCUGACCCCCACCCCCACCCCAGCGACCCACGGCUUGACCUCACCUGGCUCUCCCCUCCCAGGAGUGGGUGCCAUGACGUGGUCCCCUCUGGCCUGCGGCAUCGUCUCUGGAAAGUAUGACAGCGGCAUCCCGCCCUACUCGAGAGCGUCCUUGAAGGGCUACCAGUGGCUAAAGGACAAGAUCCUGAGUGAGGAGGGCCGGCGCCAGCAGGCCAAGCUGAAGGAGCUGCAGGCCAUCGCCGAGCGCCUGGGCUGCACCCUCCCACAGCUGGCCAUAGCCUGGUGCCUGAGGAACGAGGGGGUCAGCUCCGUGCUGCUGGGCGCGUCCAGCACGGACCAGCUCCUGGAGAACAUUGGAGCAAUCCAGGUCCUUCCCAAACUGUCGUCUUCCAUCAUCCACGAGAUCGAUAGUAUUUUGGGCAAUAAACCAUACAGCAAAAAGGACUACAGGUCCUAAGACGCCCCUCAGCCGGCCAGGACACUUUCCCUCCCCCCCCCCCCCAGUCUCUCUGUUCUCCGCUUGCUUAUGCUGUUUUGAAGCCAAGUCUGGAAUGUGGUUUGCAUCAAAAAGAAGAGAAUGCGCCAACAUGUCACCGGGAAGGCAUCCCAGAAGUCGCUGCAACACACCAUCCACUGCUUCUCGGGACCCACAGCAGGCCGGGGAGACAGUGCUGAUGAUCAGAAGGGCGGUCGCGAGGUCCCACCCAAGCCUGCAGCCUCUGCUCAUCUUCCAAGAAGAAACCAGCUCAUUUUCUCCAAGCCGAGGCCCUUCUCCGAGACCCCUCAAGGCCUGGCCAGGUGGACCAGUGGGGCCUAGGGGCGGGCCGGGCCAGCCUCUCCUCUACCGAGAACCCCCACCUGGUGUUGGGGGUGGGGAGGAGGAGACCCCGUCUGAUCUUCCAGUGGCCUCCCCACGGGGGUCUCCCACUGACCGAGGGCUGCAGGUACUUUCCAAUGGGCCCGACCUCAGAUGCUUCCCCACCCAUUCUGCACCGCCACCUACUCCAGGGGGUCACUGCAGGGGCCCUCCGUGCUGUCCCUGAACCCCUGCCUCCUCCCUGGCUGGCAGGGGUGGGGAUGCAGGGAGGUUGGCUCUGCAGUUUGGGAGUAGGCUCCCGCCUGGCUCCCUCCAGGGCCUCACCUGGCACCCGGCCACUGCCCCUCUGUCCUUGCCCCAGAGGCCCCGAGGUUGUGCGUGCUGAGCUGGACAGUGGCUCCCACGUGGGAGAGCGGGCCUCUGCCAUGUGCAGGGUGGCCUGGGGGUGUGCAGAGGGAACAGGCUCAGAGCCUUUCGGGGCAGCAGCCCCACAGUGGAGACAGAGAUCCCGGGACCCCCCCCCCAGAGGAGCCCCUGUGAGGCCUCGGACCACGUGAGGUUGGCACGUCCCCCCCUGGGGCGCUAAGUGUCUGUGCUCAAAGCUUGUGACCUGGGCGGAUGGGCAGCAGUGCCACCCCUGGGACUCCCCACGCCCUGGAGCAGACUGGGGGCACAGAGGAAAGGCAGGGCAGACUGCCGGCCCCCCGCACCCCCACACCUCACGCUCGGCCCAGCGGCAGGCACAGCAGGCCCUGCCUGCUUCAGAGCAGCCAAGGCCGCCAGCAGUCCUAUCCGGGCCGGGCCGGGAACGCUCGGAGAAAACCUCAAAGGCCGAGAGCGGGCAGGGCGGACAGCUUCCCCCACUCCUGACCUUUGCACUGACCCUGGAGUCUAAAACCGUCCCCGUCCUCCUAAGCCGGGCCCUCGGGCCCUCGGGGCUCUUCUCCAACCAGUCGCCUACAAGCUUCCCCCGGGGCAACAUCUGUCCCUGCCCGGGUGCUGACACGGCCCUGUGCUGGGCCUCGUGUCCUGCACCCAGUGGGCCAGAUUGCGCCCCCUCACUGGGGAGAGUGGCUGGGCCCCUUCACACUGCUGGAACAGGGGCCAGGCUGGCAGCAGGCCAGCGGUGGGGACAACUGCCCCACGAGCCACCCCUGAGAAGACCAAGCCCCUGUUGGCGGCUUAAUGGCCAAAGGGAGGGAGAUGAGGGGCCCCAGGGUGGAGCUCAGCAGGGCCCAGCAGCCUCGGCCCCGGGGCUCUGUCCUCGGCCUGGGUCUGGGGUGUGCUGUUCCUCCGCACCUAUACGUCCGGGGAACGGCCCCUCUACUUAGGAGCCAGAGCUGGGCAAAGGAAGCUGGAUGGAAGCCCAAGUCAGAGCCCAGAAAGGCGGGGGAAGGUGGUCCCAAAGCAGCCUGGGCCUGCAUGGGGCGGGGCCGGCAACACAAGGACCAGGCCCCAGGACCAGCCCUGGGCCGAGUUCUGUCUUCCCCGUGAACCAGAGCCCCGCCAUCUCCCAUCCCACACCUGUGGCCGGAGCCGAGGCCCCGAGGCACGCCGGAGAGGGCGCCCGCGGCCUGUGUCCUCCCCCAGUCCCGUACAUGACGUGCUUUUCCUCACCUGUCUCUUCGAUGACCGCGGUCCCUCAGCUACGCGCCCCCCUCUGCAGGCGAGACGGCCCGCACCUCAUGCUUCCAAACGACCGACACCCCACCGGGCCACCGGCACCGUAUUUAUGGAAUGAGCGAAUAAAACCCAAGCCGUCGGGUC